CACCAUCGAUGACACCAUUCGGUAUGAUGACUUGAGGACCUUUAGGCUGAAAGCGGUGAUUGAAAGCACGGGCGCAGGUGGGGGGCACUACCUCGCCCAUAUAAAACGGAACGAAAGAUGGGAGACUUACGAUGAUAAGAAGUCUCGGCGCAUUACCAUCAACCCCGAGAGACCAAUCGUCGUUGUGAUGCUGUUCUUUGUUGAAGAAGACGAAGACCAACAAGAACCUGCAGUUGCAGAAGGGCCGACAGCUGACCGCGACGAUUCGAAUGCUAGCGAUGACGACUCGAUUGCCGAUGCCGACAAUUCGAAUGACCACAUCGAUUCGAAAGCCGGCAAUGUCGAUUCCCAAUCGCAUUUUGUCUCUCUGGAUAGCCGCACUGUGGGGACGAGUUUGAGCUGUGAUAUGGAUAAGGAGAGCUACAUACAAGAGCUUUCCUCCGAAAUCCAUGCACGAGCUAAUACUCUUUCCACAGCAAUGAAGAAUGUGUGCGAGGGUUCCGUAGAACGAACGUUGGCGGAACGGUAUGGCAGCUUUACUGCUCAGAACUUGGUGAGGACCAUCUGUGACCAAAAAGCUCACAGCGAAAUCAUGAUGGCACUAAGUCUGAGAGGAAAUCCUGGUGAUCCAGUCGAGCAAACGCCAUCAAAAACGUCAGAAUGAAUGACACACAUACACACACUUCCACACACGCCUCAGCUAAGACCUCAGUUCCAACGGACGCGUUAUUUAACGCAAAGUUAUAUCAAUGUACAUAUAUGCUUGUCUAUACACGGUGAAGACAAUGCGGAUGUAUUGAUAUACAUUUACCACUUGCCAAUUUUUUUUUGUUAAGAUAGCGCCUAAGAUUUUUUUUCUCUCUUCGAUUCAUUUUGACACUUCGCAUGAAUUCGUUAUUCUAUCUCUGUAUUUUUGAGCAUGAACCAGUGUAAAAUAUACGUCGUGAUGUCCGCAUAAAAUUUCGAUUCGCCAUUUCCAGUCAUCGACAUCAGUUCUAUUUGUACCGCUAUACAUAUCGCAUCAUUUCUGCCGCGCAAACUAUAGAACAAGUGUCAAAAUGCAAUCCACAUUGAAUAUUUUGUGGCAAAAAGCGAAAAAGUCGGAUUUAUACAAAGAUAUUUUUACAAUUCGACCAUUGGCUGAUUAUCAUCUUGAGCCG